AGUGAAAUCUGCAAUUCAUUGGUACACGUAAUUGCUGAGAUGAUACACACUAAUGAAGCAAAGCCCCCAUAGCCCUUGGCUCGGAGAUUAUGUCAAAUGGCAUUAGAAAUCACUGGGAUUCCUUUGGGGCACUACACGUGCCUGAGAUAAACCCGCAGUAAAAUUAAACCCAGCUGUAGCAUGUUCCAUGACAGGGACAUCGCUGUUCUGGGCAGACUGCACACGAGCACAGCCCACGGCACGUGGUGCUCUCACUGAACGGCGCUUCCUGACCCAAAUUUUGAGCCCUCUGACUCUCGCCUGAGUUAGGCUAGAAGCUUGGCCACGGGUUUUUCUGCAGCCGGGCUGGGUAGAAGCUGAUCCUGCGGAAAGGAGCUUUAGAUUCCUUCUGAAUGUUGGAGUUUGCUUCUCUUUGCAGGCGGGCGGCGGGGCCGGUGCCGCAGAGCCGAGGAACCCCCGGGCAGCCGCUGACCCCCGCGCCCACCGCUGGAGACCCCCCUCCCCCCCCCUCCGACGGCCCCGUUUCUCGUCGCGGUGCUCGGAAGCCCCCGGUGCCAUGCUGGCCCCCCACCCGCCGAGGCUGAGGCGGCCGGUCCGGUGGGUGUUUGCCCCUCUCCUCCUUCUGCUGGCUGAGCCGGGCUCCGGCUGGCAACCCACCUACCAGUGGAGGGAUGCUGAGACGAACGAGAAGCUCACCUGCCAGCAGUGCCCGCCGGGGACCUUCGUGGCACAGCACUGCGCCAGGGACAGGCAGACGGUGUGCGAGCCCUGCCCGGAGCUGCACUACACGCAGUACUGGAACUACCUGGAGAAGUGCCGGUACUGCAACGUCAUCUGCGAGGAGAAGCAGGUGGAGGUGCAGCAGUGCAAUGCCACCCACAACAGAGUGUGCCAGUGCCAGGAGGGCUACUAUUCGGAGAUGGAGUUCUGCAUCAGGCACUCCGAGUGCCCUCCGGGCUCCGGCGUCGUGAAGGCGGGUACCCCCUUCGAGGACACCCAGUGCCGCAGAUGCCCCCGCGGCUUCUUCUCCUCCAGCUCCAGCACCGAGCUGUGCCAGCCGCACCAGGACUGUGCGCAGCAGGGGAAGGUGACCAACGUGCAGGGAAACGAGUACCACGACACCCUCUGCACCUCCUGCAGGGUGCACGGGAGGAGCAACAGCACCCAGGGGCCAGCUCCAGGAGACGAGGACUGCGAGCAAGCCAUGAUCGACUUUGUGGCGUACCAGAACAUUUCCCCGAAAAAGCUGAAGCGCCUGCAGCACAUCCUGGAGGGCUCGCUUAGGAAGCAGGUGUCAGAGAAAAAGGCGCUCAUCCAGGAGAAGUUCAGGGCCUUUCUCACCCACCUGAAGGAGGGGAACCCCGCAGUCACCAAGGAGCUGCUUGAGGCGCUGCGGGCCACCAAGCUGCAUGCGAUAGAGAGGGAGGUGCGGAAGCGCUUUCUCUCUCCUGGGAAGAACAUGGACUGAACUCUGAGGGUGGUUUUUUAAAAAUGUCUUCCUUUUUGUCGUUGUUUUUUACUGUGGCUUCAUUAAUUUAUUACUCUUUCAAAAAACUAACUUGAAAUGCAGCACAGAGCUGAGUGAGGGGCGAGCACAGCGCGGCCCCGCAGCCCUGUGAGGUGCCCCGGGGGGUCCCAGCUCAUCCGAAGACAAACACCACCAGGGUCAUGUUUCUGGAGGGAGAAGCCUGGUCCUCUCUUUUAGGCUACUCUCUGGCUUAGCUUUAAAGUGUGUGGUUUUGGUUUUGUGAUGUAAUUAUUUAACAGUAUUUCCCACAGAGGACUCGCUUUCGUCACGCUCUGAGAAAGCAGUUGGCUGCUUGAGGCGCAGGGGGUGGAAGAGACUCCUGAAGCCUGUGGUACAGCUGGCUUUUUGAAUUUAUUUCUGAACUACCUGGUUUUAUACUGUAUGUGAGAUGUUUUCUAAAGAAACAAACCAAAGAAGUUAUUUUAUUACAUGA